GGUGGUUCAAGGUGGCGGCGCCCAGUGGCGCCAUGAGCGAUUUAGCGAGUAGUAGCAGCAGCAGCGAUGCGGAGGAGCUGGAGCGGUGCCGCGAGGCGGCGAUGCCGGCCUGGGGCUUGGAGCGGCACCCGAGGGGCCCGGAGAAGCCAAGAGUCGGUGCUGCAAAUACUCAGUUGCCAAGCACCCAGCCGAGCCUCAGGCACAAGGUGGGUGAGCAUGAACAAGACGGCAACGAGCUUCAGACCACCCCCGAAUUCCGAGCCCACGUAGCUAAGAAGCUGGGAGCCCUGCUGGACAGCUCCAUUACCAUCUCAGAAGUAGUGAAGGAGCCAAGAAAGGCUGAGGUACGGAGAGGCGCCCCGGAGGACGACGGCUUCCGCCUUUUCUUCACAUCUGUCCCUGGAGGCCCCCAGAAGGAAGCUGCUCCCCGGCCCUGCCAGAAACGGUCGCCUUCCAGCUCCAGCAGCGAGGACAGCGAUGAGGAGUUGCAGCGCUGCCGAGAGGCGGCUGUGUCAGCCUCUGACAUCCUCCAGGAGUCCGCCAUCCACGGCCCUGUCAACGUGGAGAAAAAGGCAAAGAAGAAGAAAAGGAAGUUGAAAAAGAAAGCCAAGGAGGACAGCGCCGAUGUGGCUGUGGCUGCCGCCGCCACUACCAUAAGCAAGGCCGCAGUCGGGAAGCAGGAAAAGGAGUCCGCUGAGCUCAGUGGAGACCAGGUGCCACUUGGGACCAAAAAGAAGAAAAGGAAGAAAGAGGCAAAGAGGGCCAGCGAGGCCUCCCUGUCCCCACCAGCAAAGAGCGCAGCAACCGUUCCUGCAAACUGAGCCCAACCUGCAGGCACGGGGCCCAACUAGGGGCGCCCACGGGGGACAAGAUAUGUCCAAGCCCUGCCUCCCUCUCUCAGUGCAAGGACUUGGCUGGCAAGUCCAGACUCCACCCAUGACUGGCGCUGGCGCAAGCGUCAGGCAAAGAAGCGGUUGUAAGGUGAGCAAGGCCUGGUCUUCUGUGCUCCCACUGGGGCUGGGGCAGAGCUGUGAUACCAGAACAUUCUGUGGCCUCAGGAAAAAGGAGGAGCCUCCCAGUUAUUCAAGGCUAAUGGCUAAGUGGUCGCGCUUCCACCUCCUCUGCCUGGUGUAGAAGAUGAUCUGAAGAAAACGAGGGAAGGGGUCCCCGAGAUGCCAAGGCCCAGGAGGAGUUUUGUGCAUCUCCCUCCAAGCCACACAGACUUGUGUGGAAAAGGAGAGAGAGUUCCUCUCCUGGUUUUCCAGAAUUUUCAUUCUCCACAUUGUGAAUAUGCCAUACAUGAUCGUGUCUCUGAGCCAAACAGAUUAUGGAAAAUAAGGUGUCGAGGGGCCCAGAACUUAACAGAAGUAUUUGGGUGCUGCCCCCAUGUCAGUGCUGAAUCUUGAUGAGGCAUUACACAGGUCGGUCCUCCUGCCUGCACCAUAAGAAGUGUUCCUGCACCCCAGCUCCAAGACUUCAGAAAGUGUCCCAGCACUCAUGACUUGGGGUUCAUGGACCCAUGUAUCCUGCAUGAAGGAGCAGAAGUUCAAGGUGAAGGCAAAGUUCUGGCCAGAACUUUGCCAGAAGAGAUUCAGCAGAGCAAGGAGAUUCAGCCUUAGAGAUUGAGCAGAGCACGGAAGACAGAGGUGGGGUGUGAGAGCGUGUGUGCCAGCCCCGUCCCUCCUCGAGCCCCUGGCCCCCUUCCACCCCCAUCUGCCUGCCUAACCCCUCCUGGGCAAUGUGUGGACAAGCAAGACGUUUCGACAUGUUCCUCGUUUACUAAAGUUAAAUAAAUGUACAGGCUCGCCCCUAGCUGGCUGCAAGCUGCAGGGAUGCCAGUUCUCCCCAGCCCCUUCCUCAUUCCAGGAUGGAGGUGGUCCACAAGGGCUGGGUUAUCUGCAGCAGCCUGGGGAGAUGAGCUCUGGGUUGGCACAGCUGCCUUGUCCCUCAGGACCUCAGGCUCCGGGGGCCCGGGCCGGGGGCGGGGAGGGGGGUAACCCCUCCCCUCAGCUAGCCGGGCUCCAAGCUUCCAGGCGGCAACCUUUCCGCUGGUCUCGCCUCUCUUCUCCCUCAGGACCCCUCAGCUCUGCCAGCUGCUGGGGCCUUCCUGCUUUCUGGGCUCAGCAGCUUCUCCCCCAAAGCAGGGAAGUGUCUGCUGCCGCACGACCUUCACCUGGCACGAGGCGCAGAGUCACGAGGCUCCCACAGGAGCAAGGACAACCCCUAGGCCUGUGGGGGUGGGGGGGGGGAAGGGCUUUCCAGUAGAGGCGAGAUGCCAGGCUCAGAAGGUGUGAUGCUCAGGGGGACAAAUGUCCGAGGAAACGGGAGGUCAUGGCGGCCAGAGAGAGGGAUGGCUCAGGAUGAGGGAAGCUGGAGAGGCCUGUCUGCCCCGGACCCUGGCACAGAGGAGCCACUCAGGCGAUGCUCAUGUGAGGCAGGACAGGUGGGUCCCAGUAGGUGUGCAGGUUGAUGGCAGGAAGGGAGGCUGGUUGGAGUGGCCUGAUGGGGCACGGGGGACAGAAUGGGGCCACGUUGACCUAUGACCUCUCUCUCAGCUACACAGGCUGGUAUCCUGAGAAGUGGCCGUUCCCUGCAGGGUGUCAGGGCUGUCCAUGGGCCCAGCCUGGGGGUACUAGAGUCCAAGGCUGCCCCCUUCUGUUCCAAGUGACAGGAUGUACCCUGGGCAGCAGAGACAGUCCCUCCCGAGUCCCACCAGGAACAGGCUCUGCUUCCAAGCUCUGCACGGUCCCGUCUUGUGCACUGAAGCAGCCCUCCUCGAGUUGGGGCCCCUCAGAACCUCUCCUUUCUGAAGCUGGCAGAACAGGGUGGGGGCCAAGGCACAGUUUCCCAGGGAAGAGCAGCAGUCUGGGGGUAGGGAAAGUUGUGCAGGCUCAGAUGUCCUGGUCACCCCUCCAGCAGGCUGUGUGGGCUCCAGGGCCCAGCCCCCUGGAGGCCAUGGCCACGGUUACUGGGAGGAAGAGGCCAUCUGCGUGGAGAUGAAGGUCUCGAUGACGCUGUGGUUGGAUGGCAGCAGGUGGCCGUGACCGUUGGUGGAGUCGGAGCUCUGGUACAACACCAGGCUGCUAGAGGACACUGCAGAGGCAGAGGAGACGUCUGACUGCCCGCCACGCCCAUCCCGACCCCUCCCCGCCCACCAUCCCUAAGGGUACUUGAGAUGGGAAAGUGGCGCCUCGCCACCUACCGACUCUCAGCAGGUUAACUGGACACCAGGGUCAAACCUCUGUCCUCAGGCCUUAAUAACCCCCAGCCAGGCUCCAGCGCCGCCAGGGAGUGGCCUCCCCAGCACAUUUUAGUGGGGACAUCAGGGAAGCCCUGGUGAGCCGGCGUCAUGGUUAGUUUUAUGCGUCCGUUUGGCUGCCUUUUAGUGCCCAGUCGUUGAGCCAAACCCCAAUCCAGGCAUUGCUGUGAAGGUGUCUUGUAAGUGUGGUUAACAUCUAUGUCAGUUGUUGAGUAAAGGAGAUUUCCCUUGAUAAUGUGGAUGGCCCGCAUCCAGUCAGUUGAAGGCCUUAGGAGCAAAAGCUGAGCUUUCCCGGAGAAGCCAGAGACUGCAGCAUUGCCUCCUGCCCUGCAGCUUUCAGACGUGCCAGCCCCACAGUCAUAUGAGCCAGUUCCUUAAGAGUGUGUGUGUGUGUAUGUGUGUGUGUUAUUCCUAUUGGUUCUGCAUCUCAGGAGAAAGCUAACUGAUUCAGAUGGUUAAGAGAAUGAAUGGGCUUUGAGUUUGGACCCGGGUUCAAGUCCUGGCCUCACUACCAAGUGGCUGUUGGAAGCACCGCCAAGUCCCUCUCCUCUUGAGUGCUUUCUCAUCUGUAAAACGGGGAUGCUGACACACACCUCAUGGGUAGAGCACAGAGCCUGGACCAUGGAGCCCUCAGUGACUGUCCCUGCAGCCACCAGGGCUGGAUGGAGGAUGCAGGGGCUCACUUAGCAAGUGGCCGCCCUGGGUCUCCAAGCCCAGCAACCUGACUCCAAAGUGCCUGCUCUUCACCCUGACGUGGGCUGCAGACUCAGGUCGUCGGGAAAUGGAAAUGCGUGGGUCAAGUGGGAUGUGGUGGGCUGGAGGGCCCACGCUCUGUGGUUGCUACGGGGCAACAUGAGUCCUUCCGACUUUCUAAGAGAAGCCAGAAAUAUGUGAAAGCUCUUAAUUUUUAGCUGUUGUCAAUGAAUUUGAAAAAUGCUAAGCCCUGAGUCAAAGCAGCACAUCUGUGAGUCACGUCUGGUCCCCAGCAAGCCCAGUUCUCGCCGUCUCAUCACCCUCUACUGCCUCUUCCGGUUAUCUUUCUCCUCAGCUGAGCUAAUAGAUGUUUCCGUGAGAAAGGCCUAUUUCCUGUGGUUUCACAGCCCUCUUGGCUCACUUCAGGGGAGCACAGGUGCCCCCUCACAUUUACCCGCCGUCUGCUGCCCACACCUUCCUCCCCAGCUAUGGGGACAGCAAGCGGGGGUGGGGCAGGGCAAGGCCGCUCACCAGUAGGGCUGGCGCUGAGCCGAUGGGUGGGCUGCAGGUGCUGGAUGCUGGCAGGGUCCUGGCUGGGGAUGUGGAUGGUGGUGGCCUGAGACACUGGUGUGUGAAGCCCGGACUCGCUGGAGGCCUCAGCAUCUGAGGUGAAGACCUGGUGGAAGGGCAGCUCCUGAGCCCCCAGGGCGUGCGCUGGGGCAGGGCCCGGAGAGGGGCCGGGGCAGGCCUGGGCCUUACCUGCUUGGUGGGUGUGAGGCUGGCCAGGGCGCUCAGGUUGGCAGUGUCGGCGAUGAGCAUGGUCUGCGGGAGCAGGCCCGUGUGGGUGUACUGGGCCACCUCGGGCUUGUGGCUGUACAGGGCUGGCAGGAGGGAGGAGAGGGGGCUACACACAUGCUACCGGGGCCGGGCUGGACCCCUCCCAGGAGGACCUCAAGGGGCCUGGGCUUGGUGAGCAGCCUGGGCUUGGUGAGCAGCCCAGUGGGGCAGUGGCUGGGGACUCAGGGCUGAUUUCCCAAACUGGGAGCUCCAGAUAGAGGGGUUGGACACUCUCCCCAACCGCAGGGGCCUGCUCCGCCUGUCUCGGUGGAGAGGAGCCUGGGGGAGGCCGGGAACCCAAACCCAGCUCCUGCCAUCACCUGGAGAGGACAGGUGUGAAAAGAAAUGGGAAGCACAGGCGCUGAUAGGGUACUAAGUACCGGCCUCGGAGGGAAAGGCCGGCACCCCUGUUAGGGGGUGAGGAGGGGGCAGCAUAUAGCCACCUCCAGGACCCCUCUCCACAGUGUAACCCAGCAUGUCACCUGCAGUCCCCAGCCCCACAAAAACACACAGAUGCCAGCACAAAAACAACAUAAAUCACGUAUUCUCACGUGGUGGACUCAUGAAAAACACGACCCCCCGCGUACACACAUAAAUGGUGCCCUCAACCAAAUGCACAGGUGUUCGGGUCCACAGUCCCUCAUCCAAGAGCCCCAGUUUCAGAAAGGUCUGAAAGCCAACAGGUUUUUGUCCGGUUGGCACUAGAGCUCUUUUGGUGGCGAAAUCUGACCUGAACCUGAUGUGAGGCUGAGUCUUUAUUAACCUGCUUCGUGGUAUUUGACGAGAGGGUGUUGCCCCAAGCCCUGCGGGGAGUGUUAUGUCAUUCAUGGUGCAGGUACCGUGUUACCCUUCUAAAAGCUGAGAAAUACACACGGCCCCACGCGCACACGGGGGUGUGCGCACACGGAUACGCACUCACAGAAACCCACGUGCGUGCACACAGCACACGGGUUCGCACGCCGAGACGUAUUCCAGCCCACGCGUGUGCACCUGAGCACCGGCACAGCCCCCGUCCCAGAAGCACUCACACUUGUAUCAAGACACACACACGGGCCGCAAUAGCUGCUAAGCCGCCCCCUUCGCCUGGGCUUACCGACAGCCAGCCUCUCCCACCCCCUCCCCCAGCGGGGGGCCGAGGGGCACUCACCGUGGGGGCUCUGCAGCUGGGCCAUGGUGGCCAUGAAGGGGCUCUGGGCCACGUGGCUCUGCACGGAGGGCAUGAGCGGCUGCUGGUAGGAGGGGUGCAGCGGCUGCGAGAACUGGACGGGCUGCAGGGUGGUCAGGCUGCUGCCCAUGCUGUUGAUGACCGGCACGCUCUGUGCCUGCGUGGAGGCCAGGCCUGGAGCGGGGGGGGGGGGGGG